ACUCGUGGCCUCCCGAGGUCGAUAUCGGUGAAUGGAAAGGGACCAAGAAUAACUGGUACAAUACAUUCAACACCUCGAGUGCCGUCGUGUCGCACCUCGUCCCCUGGCCCUCGGAUCUCUCCUUCCACGCGCUCAAGGCCGUCAUGACCGCCCAGCCGAACGGCGCUGACGUCAAGAUCGACUUCUACCUCGACAAUGUCUUCCAAGUCACGCAAAUCGGUG